AUGACGGAUCGCCCCUUCCUAGAGCUGGUGUGUGGGGCAGGGGGCAGUGGCUACUUCACGGGGACACUCUCUGGAAGGCAGCGACUGCCGGAGAGGCAGCGCUGCUGCUACUCUGGGGACAGAGGCGAGGAGAUGGGGCGGGAUCUCCCAGGGGGACCUUCUCCUCCCCACUCCCCAGCCAGCCAGCCCCAUCACUCCUCUCGCAUGCCUCGCCCAUCCCAUGAUUACCUCUGGGCUGGGCCCAGUCCGCCCGCCGUAGGUAGAUCCGGAGUGACUUCUUCCCCUUCCAGCUGCAAUCCAAACUCCCUCGGUGCUCCCUACCCACCUAGCUAUGGGGACAGAGACUUCCCCGCCCCUUCUUCUUCCUCCUCUUCCUCGGUGUACCCAACUUGUUUCCCAGAAGGACAUCCCUUCGGGGCUCGGCUGAUGGACCUCCAAUACUCAGGUAGCCAAGAGGAUUUCCUCUUGGCUCAGUCCGUCAGCUCGGGAGAUUAUUGGAGAGCCCAAGGUGAGGGUCCGCCUCGGGAGGUUGGCGGAGAGAUGGAAACUUUUGAAUGGAUGAAAGUUCAGAGGAAUCCGCCCCGAAGAACAGUGAAGUUACAUGAUACGACAGCAGACAGGACAACUCCCCACUCAUCUCCCAGAACCAGCUUCACCACCAAGCAGCUGACAGAGCUGGAGAAGGAAUUCCACUUCAACAAAUACCUGAGCCGAGCCCGCCGGGUGGAAAUUGCCUCGGCCUUAUUUCUCAAUGAAUCCCAAGUGAAAAUCUGGUUCCAGAACCGCAGGAUGAAGCAGAAGAAAAGAGAGAGAGAAGGCCAACUGUGGGGAGCUGCUGCUGGCCAUGGUGGGCGGGGCUCUUCCUCUUCCGACAAAUCAGAUCUUGCCUCUCCAGCAUCCUCCCCUAGCAGGAGCAACGAGGACACCAUCACUCCACCUCUUUGACUGGGAAAGAAAAGAAAGAGGCAUUCGUUGAGCCUCUUGGCAUUCUUGUAUAAGUCCCCAAGUCCCCUUUCAAGGGACAUAAGGGAUCUUCGCAGACAGGAUAGGGAAGGACAUCCGUGUUCCCCUGUGUCACAAGUAUGAAAAACAGCACAUUGGGCUGUCAGGUGAAAUUCAGUAGGGAUGUGUGCGUAAUCAGUCUAUUUUUUACUGGUGAAAAUCCAAAAUAAUUUAUAUACUCUGAUGUUCAGAUGAAUGGAAGGGUUCUUUUGCAGAGAGUUGUGCCAACAUACAGUUACACAAGAAACCCAGGAAAUGCAUUAACAAGGCAUUUUCGGGCACAGAAAUUCUGGGCAUACACAAUCGCACACUUCCAUCUUUUUUAAAAAAAAUCACAUUCUCCUCUCAGGUCAUCGCCCUCCACAUUCCUGUUACCUAGCAGCGCAACCCUACCUAAUCAGAAUAAGUGGGUACCAUCUGAGUUUGAUGGGACUUACGGUACUUCCAGGUCAGUUAUAUGGGACUUACUUCUGAGUAGAUAGGCAUAGGGUUGCACCAGCACACAGAAAGAUCUUUUAAGGGACUGGAUUCUUCAUUACCAGCUCUGAUUUAGAUACCUAGAUGGCCCUUGUCGUCUUGUGUCUUCUGUACAGUUUAGUUUCAUAUCUAAUAGUCUAUGCAGUUUGAUGAUGCUUCUUACCAAAUUUCUGUUGCUUGCAGGACUCUAAAUGGAGGGUAGAAUACUCGUCCUUGGAGGCAAUUGGAGGCUUGGGCUUCAUUAACCUUUUCCCAUUAAUGUUUAGUAGCAUAUUUAUUGAUAAAUAUUCUAGCAGCACACCAUGGAGCGCUUAGGAUACCUCUUCAUAGGAACUUCUCCAGCCAGGGGGGCCAACUUGCAUAAGAUAUUCUAGCAGGGGGCAUGUAAGACUCACCCCACAUAAUUGUGGCGCAUGCACACCAUUUGAAUGGCAAUGCACACCAAAUAUUUUAUUGCCCCCCCCCGAAGGGACCUUGGUCCCCUGGGAGUUGGCUCCUGUGUCUACAUCAACUGAAUGACACAGGUGUUGACCCUGUUAGCCUUAUUGUAUGCAUUUUCACUGAGGCCAGUUUCACUUAAGGGACCAAUUGGUGGAGUUUUAGAACAGGGUCCAUAAGUCACUUCAUGGGAUUGACUCAGAAGCAAAACACUUUGGGGGGGACUUUCCUUGUUACAAUAUUGGCUUACUGAAGGUAACUCAGAUAGACCCAUCCCCAAGACCACUCUGACCCACCAGUAUGCCCCCCCUCUGUUACCUUUUUUACAUAUGUCCCCACAUUUGUGAAACACCAAGAUUCACCUCUAAGCAGGAGGGUAUUCAAUAGAUCAGGGGUGGGCAACUCCCAAGAGACAGAUCUACUCACAGAGUUAAAAACUGGCAGUGAUCUACCCCCUUUUUGGGGGUUCAGGUCAAAGUUGUUGAGCUUUUUUAGGGAAGAGGAAGGGCUGGUUUUUAGGGGUUCAGAUCAAAGUAGUUGAACUAUUUUUAUGGAGGAGGAAAGCCCCGUUUUUUGAGGGUACAGGGCAAAAAUGUUGAGCUUCUUUGGGGGGAGCCAGUGAUCUACCAGUGAUCUACCACAGACAUCCAGUGCUCUACCGGUAGAUCACGAUCUACCUGUUGGGCAUGCCUGCAAUAGAUAAACGGCAAAGUCCUUUGCAUGUGGUUCCUUUCACAAGGAAGUGUCAGCUGCUUGAUCUCAAAACUGUUUGCUCAUACCAAGGCAAGAAUUUCUCCCAAUUUGCCGAGUAUAAAACAACUUCCUCAUUAAACAGAGAGGAAGAGAAACAUUCACAGACUGGUUGCAAAAUACAACAGUGAUGGUAAUUGUGCUAUAAAUAGCGCUGGCAGAACAAGGAGCAGUCAUUGCCUUAGGAAUGAGGAGUGUGUAGCGGCAAAGAUUUUGAAAAGAUAGUUUUGCAAGUGAGCUGUGGCUUAAUUUGCCUUAAUAUGGAAUAUCAUUCAGGCUGCAAUCCUUAGCAUGGCAUGUAUGAGUGGAAGUGAGUUUCAUGCAAAGGUCUUGCUCUGCCAGGAUCUUCCUCACAGUAUGCACCCCAUGGCGGAGAGGACAUCUGUCCUCCUUUGCUAUCAAGCAGCCAACAAACUUGCAGAGGAGUAGGAUAAGAUUGUGUUGAAGUCCACGUUUAUGGAAUUCUUUGUUUCAGCCAUAAAUGGUUAACAGUCUCCAACAGCAUAACAACGAUCAAAUUACAAACAUGCUCUCAGAGGCCAUUCCUGCACUGGGGAGCAAUGGCCAUUUCAUUAGCUUAAAGUAAGGAUUGGAUUCGGAAGAAGGGAAAGAAGCAAGAUGUUCUUCAGCGUCUGCUGGGAAGGAAAAGGGAUAUGUAUACAGUGGUGCCUCGCAAGACGAAUUUAAUUCGUUCUGUGAGUCAGUUCGUUUAGCGAAAAAUUCGUCUUGCGAAUCCCAUAGGAAUGCAUUUAUUUAUUUGCCCAUAGGAAUGCAUUAAUUGAAUUUCACUGCAUCCCUAUGGGAAACCGCGAUUCGCUAGAUGAAUUUUUCACAAAACCCAUUCGUCUAGCAAAAAAUUCGUCUAGCAGGGCAUUCAUCUAGCGAGGUACCACUGUAUUUUGAACAGGGCACACAAUCCAUGCUGCUUUUCAGAGCAAUCAUCUUCAAUAUUUUCCAAACCUGGAACCCAGCUUUAAGCCAAACAUGCACUUGGGGGGUCUAUUGCUUAUGGCUUUUUUUGCCAUCUAUUUCUAUGUUGGCACUGCUGCUCUUGCAACUCAUCUUAGAUCAGUCCACAUGCCACAAUAAUGGGUGUCGACCCACCAGUUGACCAAUGCUCUAGAGUAAGGGUAGCCAAUAUGGACUAUAACUCCCCUCAGCCCUGGUCAUUGGCCAUGCUGGCUGAUGCUGAUGGGAGCCUUCCUAUGCGCAGAACAAAAUUUGGGCCUUAUCCCUGCAAUCUUAGAGCAGAAAAACACAGGUUGUCCACCGAGAAGGGCUGGGUGUGUGUGGAGCUCUGCAUUUUCAUAAGCUUAUAGAAGUUAAUAAAGCUAUUACAAAAUAUCUACCUCUAAAUUUGCCUGGACUAUCAGAAGGAUGACACGGGUUUAUUAAGUAUUUAUUAUUUGUGAGCACUGUUGGCAUUGGCGUUUGAUUGAGGGGGGGAUACCAGAUGGAGAAAUUAAAAUCUUGCUUUGAUCAGUACUCUGCAUGCUUGGCUUAUUACACUUUUUCUCCACAUUUCCUCUGAGGAGUUCAGAGCUGCUUAUGAACAGUUCCUAGAUGGUUUUUAUAGGGUAUGUAAGACAGGUGCUUAGCCUUAGCAGGAGAACUGCAUCAUGUGACUUCAGACUGCAUCAUGUGACUUCAGACCAUUAAAAUACAGAUAGGAAUGGAGGCUGUGCACAUACUAGCACAUGCUAUAUAUUUAAAGCACAUUUGAAGCACAAUCUUUCUCUCAAAGAAUUAUGGGCACCAGGGCCAGCCCACCCAUGAGGUGGGCUGAGGCAACUGCUUUGGGUGGCAGAACCCCAAAAGGUGGAACCCCAGAGGGAAAAUCUGGAAAUAUGGCAACCCAUAUCGGAAGUCUAGUUUUUGACAAACUUGGGCUCAACUUCAAGUCACCCAGCUCUACCUCUCUUUCA